CACCUUGUACAUCUCUCUGCGCUCCACAAUGCAGUUCUUUCCUCCAAUACACAUCCAACUGCACAAGUACAAUGGCAGCGGCGGUGGCCGAUCCAUGAGCCCAGACUUCCAGCACUACAGCUUCAGAAUGCCUAAUAUUGGGUUCCAGAACCUCCCCCUCAACAUCUACAUUGUGGUGUUUGGCACGGCGAUAUUCGUAUUCAUCCUGAGCCUGCUCUUCUGCUGCUAUCUAAUCCGGUUAAGGCAUCAGGCCCGGAAAGAACUGUAUGCCUAUAAACAGGUCAUAUUGAAAGAAAAAGUAAAAGAGCUGAAUUUGUACGAGAUUUGUGCCGUUUGCCUGGAGGAAUUUAAGCCCAAAGAUGAGCUUGGUAUAUGUCCCUGCAAGCACGCCUUUCACAGAAAGUGCCUCAUUAAAUGGCUGGAGGUGCGGAAAGUGUGUCCCCUCUGCAACAUGCCCGUCCUACAGUUGGCACAACUACACAGCAAACAGGAGCACGGACCUCCGCAAGGGCCUCUGCCUGGCGCAGAAAACAUUGUAUAGUGUACAUACUUCACCCUAUGGGUCACCCAAACAAGAAGCCACAGAUCUCAUGUCUCCAUCCUGCCCUCUAGGGGCAGGGCCCAGAAUCCUAGCCGGUAGCGGGCUGAGAUGCGCGGCGCUCAUGACAUGGAUAUGUGGACUCUACAGUAACCAAAGCACUUUUCAAUGCCUGCCUUGGGCGGAAGAGACACAGGCAACAAGGGAAGAUGGCCGCAGUGUUUGGCCUUGGACGAGCACUUUACAAUACUUUUCCGAAACUGUUGCAACUUUUUUUUUUUUCUUGUUUUCUAAUUUUAAAUAACUCUUUACUGGAAGCUUCACUGUGCCAGGGCAAGAAAAUGCAAUGAUGGGUUCUAAAGGGAGCAGAAGGCAUGGAAGCCAGCUGAUCCUGGGAGAUAAAAGGGAGUCACACUAUGCAAAGUGGUUACCAUAACCGCACACAUCUGUCGGAGAGGAAAGCCAAACUGGUGUCCAUCUCAUGCUGAAUACUGUAACUAGAGCGCUGUCUUCUGUAUGUAUAUGCUACAACUGUACAAGUGGAGGAGCCUGUAUUGUG